AUGGCCAAACCGACAGCAAUGGCCGUAGACGCCCUUCCGAGGUUCCUGCUUCCUAGACUCAGCUGGACUGGUCCUGCGACAGCAUCCCAAGCCCUACGGCCUGUUUCGGCACUCCCUCCGAGCUCGCGCCGUCGGAUGCACACCCGAACCAGUGCUUUCCACGAUUCGAAUUUACCAUCCAGAUGCCGCAGCAAUGGCUUCAAGACCGAGCGCGCCUCUAUACUGGCGAGCCCGGGCCUCACGAGGUCCUUCCAUGCGACUCCUUCAAGGCAAAGAGACCACCACUUUGAUACCUUGAAGUUCGUCCAGCGGAUGAAGAGCGAGGGCUUCACGGAAGUGCAGGCCGAGGCCACGAUGAAGGUCCUGAACGAUGGCAGCAUACAGAACCUCACCCGAACCAUGGUCCUCCGCGAAGACGCCGCCAAGGCGACCUACACCCAAAAGGUCGACUUUGCCAAGCUGCGCUCCGAACUCCUGUCCGCCGAUAGCACCGAGUCGAGCACGACGCGCGCGUCCCACGAGAAGCUCGGCAACGACAUUGCGAAGCUGAGCUCCCGGCUGCGCGACGAGAUCGGCAGGACGCAGGCCAGUGUCCGCCUGGACCUGAACCUGGAGAAGGGUCGCAUCCGCGAGGAGGCUGUCGGCCAGGAGCUCAAGAUCAAGGAGACGGAAACAAAGAUUGAGCAGGAGGUGGCGGCGCUGCGCGAGAAGCUUGAGCAGGUCAAGUUCCAGACGCUGCAGUGGCUGAUGGGAGUGUGUACCGGUUUCGCCGCUCUGCUUCUUGGUGCCUGGAGAGAUCACAUCAGUCAUGCCUCCCAAUCCUGUGAAUCGAGCAACACCAUCAACGAUAUGGAUAUAGAACCUGAAGACCCGACGACCUACAGCUGGGCCUUCGGCGCGUACGAGAGAGUUGGCCCGGAUACAGGGGCUUUGAAGCUCAGCGGAGCUUCUUUUGACGUCAAGGUAAGACGAGACCCUUGGAAGAAGGAACAGCCGCUGCCUCGCGAGUACGAUUUUCUAAGUGAAGAUGCUGAUGCCUCUGGCCUCAUCAUGAGCUUACUCGUGACGGGAACCUUCCCUAAACAUCCGCAUGCCAGUGUUCGAUCGGCGUCCGACAUGACUACCGAACUCAUCUACGUCAUUUAA